GACCGUUGUUGCAACGCUGAAGCUUCGAAACUUGCUUAAACAACCUUGGCUCAACCGUUGAAGCAACCCAACUUACUGCGAACCGUAUCCCUGCCAAUAUGUCAUUAUACAAACCAUAUGUUUCAAAGACUACUGUCGUUGCCCCAACUCGAGUCACGGAAUUUGACAUCCUGAAAGCCUCCCACAAGUUCUUGCGAGACGGCGAAGACGCUGAGGCUAGUACAUCAUGGAACGACCGACUAGCGCAGAAAUACUACGACAGUCUCUACCGCGAAUUCACGAUCUGUGAUCUCAAGCAUUACAAGUCAGGAAACUUCGCUCUCCGCUGGCGCACAGAAACAGAAGUUCUCUCUGGAACGGGCGAAACGACGUGCGCGAACGCGCGCUGUUCCGAACAUACCGCAUCUUCUACUUCGCUUACGACUCUCGAGCUACCAUUUGGAUAUGAAGAGCACGGGCAAAGGAAAGAAGCCCUCGUGAAAGUCGUUCUGUGUUCGAAAUGCGUCCGCAAGAUCAUGUGGAAGAGGAAACACGAGAAGAGAAGGGAAGACGGUGCUGUGGAGGCUAAGACGGGCGAAAGCAAUAAAGUUGAGAUGCAUGAGGAUACUAGAAGACCAACGAAGUCCAGAAGUCGCUCGAAGGAUGUUGAGCGUGAUGACGAGCGGUAUCGCGCCCGACGAAGACGAAGCUCACGUUCGAGGUCUCCGCGAGCUCACAAACAGAAACAGGACACCUCACCAACUCUGUUACAAACGAGGAACAGCAGUACUUAACCCUAUUCCUACUUACUAUCAAGGUUUCAGAAGUCUCGUGCUUCUCGGGAUGUACAUUAGAUUGCAUUGUGUAUCAUGCAGGUGUACUCAAACGUGUCUAAUGGCACUUGAGCUGUCACGUUGUCCCCAGCUGGUGGACGUACGACCGGAACUUGUAGCCCGUUCAUCUUCCAGUAGAUCUCCUUGACGUGUCCAUUCCUAUCUGUCGAUGCAGGAAGCGCGAAAUGUAUUCGUGGGACAAGGGUAGUGAGGACUUGUU